AAGAUAUUCCAGUUGUUUUUAGUAUAUUCAAGUGACAUAAGAAAGACCGAGUUUUUAUACAAAUGGAGUUAAAAGUUUUUAAAUUCAUAAAAAUCCAAAACCCAAUAACAACGGUAUUGUUUCUUGUAUUUCUCUCAGUUGGAAGUCAAGGGAGGACUUUCCCAAACGUAAGAAAUGGGGCCGUGGUCAGUAAUGCUCCUGGCUGUGCAGAAAUUGGAAGAGAUGUUAUGAGAAAAGGUGGAACAGUAGUAGACACGGUGAUAGCUACAGCAUUUUGCGAAGGAGUGGGAAACCCUACAACAAUGGGUAUAGGUGGCGGUUUUUUAGCUACGAUUUAUCACAGCGGAAAAGCAUGGUCUUUUGAUUCUAGAGAAUCUGCACCGGAAGGAGCUACACAAGAUAUGUUUGUGAAGAAUCACACCCUAUCAGAAAAAGGUGGACUAAGUGUGGGAAUACCUUCCGAAGUACGAGGGUACUGGCACCUUUACCAGAUAUGGGGUGGUGGGAUACCUUGGAAGGACUUGGUGCUACCAACUAUUAAAAUAUACGAAGAAGGCAUUGAAAUGAACGAUAUAACUGAAAGGAAUGUCAAAGCUUACGUAGACGUUGUAAAAUCUGAUCCAGCCUUAAGAGCAAUUUUUAUAAAUCCCAAAACUAACAACGUCUACAAAACUGGAGAAAAAUAUAAACGACCGAAGUUAGCAGAGACAUUAAGAGUUAUCGCUAAAGAAGGUGGAGAUGCAAUACACAAAGGUUCAUUGACUAAAAGAUUAGUUAAAGACAUCCAAAAUAAAGGUGGUAUUAUUACAGAAAGGGAUUUGAACAAUUAUCAGCCAAAAAUAGGAAAACCUGUUCAAACAAAAAUGAACGGUAAAAACAUCUACUCUAUUCCAUUGCCAGGAUCUGGAAUAAUCCUGACGUAUAUUCUAAACAUCCUGGAUGGAUUUUUAGAUCAAAAAGAUCAUGUUACCGUGAAAAAUUAUCAGAGAAUAACAGAAGCAUUAAAAUAUGCUUAUGCUAUGAGAAGUAAACUGGGUGAUAAAAAUUAUGUUUUUGGAAUGAACAAAAUUAUUGCCCAGCUCACUUCCAAGGUAUUUGCUAAAACAACUAGGCGAAAAAUCAGAGAUUACUUCACAUCAUCUGAUCCUGCAUAUUAUGGAGCUGAAGUAGGGAAUAUAUAUGACCAUGGUACCGCUAAUAUCGUAGUCUGGGGACCCAAUGGAGAUGGGAUAGCUCUUACCAGUAGUAUUAAUUACAUUUUAGGUGCUCUUUUCGCAUCACCUAGUACGGACAUCAUCCUCAACAACUCCAUGGAUGAUUUUUCAACGCCAGGUUUUGUCAACGAGUACGGUUUCCCACCAUCUCCUUCCAAUUAUAUUGCACCAGGAAAGCGUCCUCAAUCUUCUAUGUGCCCAACAAUAAUAACUGAGAGCAAUGGAGAUCUUUAUAUGGUUGUAGGUGGUGCUGGUGGUAGUAGAAUAACUUCAAGUGUUUCACAGGUUAUACUGAAUCGUUUAUAUUUUAAUAUGGAUGUCAAAGCUGCUUCCGAUCUGAAGAGAGUGCAUCAUCAAUUGUUUCCUAUGAAUCUUUUCCUUGAAGAUGAAUGGCUUACCGAGGAUGAAGAUGUGGCUAUUGGCCUUCAACAAAUAGGACACAACAUAACUUAUUCAAGAGCUGACGGCUUCGUAGCAGUGACUGCAAUUUCCGUAGACGAAACUAGAAGAAAUAUCGUCGGAGUUCACGAUAAAAGAAGACAUGGAUCGGUUGCUUAUUUACGUUGAUUGUAAUACAUUAUAAUAGUGAUCACACUAACAAUUAUUAAGACAAAUUAAGA